UCAAGCCAUGCUAACCAACCGAGUCGGCCAUGUUGUGGAAAUCGACUGUGGCCACGCAAAACUCUCAAUGCCCUCCUGGAUCCAAAGCUAUGUAUAAGGAUAUGACGAUGAUGAUCUAUAGUAUCCCAAGUGCGGAGAUGUGCUUGACAUGGAUGGCAUGAUCAUCGAGUACUGAGUGGUUUGUAUUGCUCGAUCGCCGCCCUCGGCCAACAACCUUGAUAGCCUGAUGAUGCCGAGGCUGCCCCUGUCACCCUGUUUCACGCACGUGCUUGCCAUCUUCUCCCAUUUACCACUGCCAACUUUGCUUCACGCUCCUGGCUGUGAUCCUCUCCGUGAUCCCGAAUAUGCGGCGAAAAUAUUGACGUGUUCGGAAUUUACAAUAGUCGUCGGACAGUGUUGUAACAGCCAAUUCUCGCAUUCUUGUCGUUCAAAGACACACCAAAGUCUUAAUCCGCUGUGUUCUGUCGGUCGAUAUAUCCAACUACCUUACGGGUUCUAUGGCCACACGCCGUCGUUAGCACCGAAAAGGACAUGUAUGCUAAUCAAGUGGACCAAGUGCGAUAUCCUAGAUAGUCUGACUUCUCCCAAGUCUCUCAAAAGAGGAACAAUCAGUACGAGUAUGCACGAUCAAGACUGUUUCUGCUUCUCCACAUGAGCCGAUCUCGGUACAAGGCGCGGAAUUUUGCAAGUCCGCCUCCAUGAUUAGCGGAAAAGCACUUUCUCUAAUUGGUCGGCCAACCAAUCCGGCGACUCUGAGCCUUUGCCGGGUUUUCGGCCUGCUAUCUCAGAUUCUGCUCCAAUUCCUCUCGGCAUGGCUGGCC